AUGACUACUGGAAAAACCAUAGCUUUCGCUAUAUGGGCUUUUGUCAGCAAAGUGAUGUCUCUGCUUUUUAAUACACUGUCUAGGCUUGUCAUAGCUUUUCUUCCAAGGAACAAGCGUCUUUUAGUUUCAUGGCUGCAGUCACCGUCCACAAUGAUUUUGGAGCCCAAGGAAAUAAAAUCUGUCACUGCUUCCACUCUUUCCCCUACUAUUUGCCAUGAAGUGAUGGGACCAGAUAUCAUGAUCUUAGUUUUUUUAAUAUUGAUUCAUUAUUCCCCAGGUAUUUUUAUAACGUUUUAUGUUUUUUUUUAUUUUUGA